AGUACUGGAUUAUUAUCGCGAUGAACAUCGAAUUAGCGGGGAAGAUCAUGAUAUCAGGAUCAAUCCUGAUCAGCCAAAAUAUGCACGAACAGCACCGGAUGGACCGAUGCCGCUCAAAUCUGUCAUUCUGGAAUUCUAUUCGGAUGGAUUGCAUCAGUGUAAACGCGACGCCCAUACACCGGAUAUGAUCAAGAACAAGAUCUGGUUGUCGACCAAGGAUGCUCUGUUUGCCAUGCUCUUUAGGGCAAUUGUUAGGUCGCGUGACGUAUCACCUGAUGAAGCUGUCAACAUGAUCAUGGGGAUAAACGGUCGAUCAAAAAUGAAGGGCCUGGACUUGUAUUUUGGCAAUUGGAUGGUGUAAGUAACUUGUAGAAAUGCAUAUACAGUCUCAUGUUCUCAACAGCAAUCCCUAUUUUUCUUUGUGUGCAUGGACUCAUCUAUGCAAAAAGGACGCGCGCAAUGUCAUUGACCAAGCAAGAAGUGGCCGAAACCAAAUUGGUGGAUACAGCCAUUGCGUUUCGACAACAAAUGGCAACGCUCAAGGCAUCGUUGUUCCACGGCAUCAGCAAGCUCUACACGAUCCAUCAAGACAUGACUGUACAUUAUUUGUGCUACCAGCCCAAUUCCAGUACGCAUUUGACAGUCAGUGAUGCAAGCAUGCUACCAUACUGGCGACUCGACUUUGGAUUUGGCAAACCGGAUCGGGUCAGAGGGUAUAUUACUGCAGGCGGUGAUGGAUGUCUUGUGUUGUUUGGUCGCAGUGAUCAGGCCAAAGGCGCCAUGUUUGAUGUUCAGAUACAAAUGGACACGGAAUCCAUGCGACGGUUUGUGGACGAUCCUGAUAUUAUAAAGUAUACCCGUCAAGUCUUGUGCUAGCCUUCUUAGACUCCUUUAUUUCGCGAAAGCAGAUUUUAGUAUUACUAUCGUUAUCAUUAUCCUUGAUUUUAAUUUCUUUUAUAUAAUAAUAAUAAUAAUAAUAAUAUUUUCAACACUAAUAUAUGCUGAUAUAUAUAAUUUUUGUAUUACUAUUAGUUCGAUU